GACCAACACCAUCUGACUGCUUUUACGUCAACAGAAGUUCGCUAAAAAAGCUUCUCAAAAGGGUAUCACAGCAAAGGUCGCCAUCAUGCCGACAAGUAAAUCAUCGCUGGGCCCAUCACCAAACAGUACUUCUACAACCGCCAGCAAAGCAGAUCUCAUUCUAGAUGAAGCCAGAUUAGCAGCCGCAGUUGGAAAUGAACAAGGAGAAGUAUUCGCAUUGCAAUGGCUUUCAAAAGUGGAGAUUGCACUAAGUCAAAUCGAAGAUGGAGAAAUUCUAGAAAUUCAAACUGGUUUGGAAAGAUCACUUUUGAAGCUAAUAUGUCCUUUGGAUCUCAAUGCUCCCAUUGAUCCAUCCCCGGCUGCCAUACAAAAAGCAACUAGUGCAUCUUCAACGACGCCAAAAGUCGGAAGGCCUUCAAGGCAUCUGAUUGCAAGAUCUUUUGUAGCUUUGUUCUCUCGUGGGGAAUCGCGUUCUCUUUAUGAUGUUAUACAAGCUCUACUUCAAAUCGCAGGAGAAGAGUCAAAAGGGAGAGUAUUACCGGAGAAGGAAGCAAGAGCUGCUGCUUUGUACGUUGCAGGUGAAUUAUUCCAAUCUGCCGGUCACAUUGUUAUGUCGCAAUUCAUCGCCCUUUUGACUUUGUGUCAACGAUUAUUCAAAAACAGUGGUUUACCCGUUCUCACUCGAUACCAUGCUCUAUUGUGCUUGUCAAAGGUACUCAAAUCUGGUGCGAAGAGCUUGGGCGAUCAGACUGCAAAAGAUCUCAUCAAACCCUUAAGGCAAGGAUUAUCAGAUCGAGCAGGUGCCGUUGCUCGCGGAUGUGCGGAUUGUCUUCUCGUCAUCUUGGAAGAUACGGACUACCUGAGCUCUCGAACUGAAAUUGAAGCGAUCCUUUCGAUUUGCUUCAAAACUCUCGAUACUGCAGAUUUCGUGACGAUGAAGGCUAUCUCACGAUUAUCAUCUUCACUACUAGCGGCCACACAGAAAGAGAAUGUCGUUCAGCCCGCAGCGCCAACGAAGAAAAAGUCAAAGAAGAAACGUGAAGGGCAAGAUGAUAGCUCAGAUGAAGAAGCUGGUCCUUCUGCUCCUAAUACGGCUGGAUUGGAUGGGAUGUCAAGAAGCAUCAUGACGCCAAAAGUGAUGCUAGACCAACUCUCUUCUGCAAUCUUACGUCCCUCUACAACACAAAGAGGAAAGGGUGCUCUAUUGGAUGUUUAUGCUUCUUUGCUCGAAAAACUUGGCUCAGCUUGGGUACAAUCACAUUAUGGCAUCUUGAUUGCAAAUCUACUUGACGAAAUUCCCAAUCAUGCAAGAGGAUCAUCGUCUCGAGCAGAUGUUCUAUCAAUCCGAAAUGGUGUGGCUACCGUGCUCCGCAUGGUGGUGGGUGAGCGCAUGUUGGACGAAUCAGCACAAGUUGGCGCCAUUCAAGAGAUAUGUGAUACAUUCUUGAAGAAGUGGCCAGUCCUAAUGCCAGGUCAGCAACCACCAACAAAGUAUACAUUGGUUCUCGCCUUCAACGAAUCAGCUGGACUGCUUGCACAGCUGGGAAGCGUACCACCUCAAGUCCUAGAAGCUCUUCAACAACCUUUGCUGCGGUGCCUGGCUCAUCCAAGUCAUUCUGUGCAAAUCAGUGCUGCUUGGUGUUUGCGUCAAUUGUGCAGUAUAAGUCCAUCCCAUCUUUCUUCACUGUUGAAGACCGUUUUAGAUGAGCUCAAGAGAGACAUCGCUUCGUUGGAAAGCAGUGGUGAUCGAGGAGGCUUGGAGCUCUCAAAAAGAACCACUGGAAGAGCACGGGGUUUGGCUGCUUUAGUCAGCGUGAUCAAUUAUCGACCUCUUUAUGUUUCGUUUGAUAUCAGCAGUCAGGUCCUUGACCUCGCUUUUCAGCUUUUGAAGCGAAGUGCUGAACAUAGCCUUGCAAUCUCUGCGAUCGAAAUCCAAGUCUCGUGGACGUUGAUUGGCGCUCUGAUGUCAUUGGGACCGAACUUUGUUCGGGAUCAUUUGAACCAAUUGUUGAACAUGUGGCGAAGUGCUUUGCCAAAAACAGGCGAUGUGAACGUGACACGAUCGGAUGCUGAAUGGAGCUUCUUGCUUCAUGUACGUGAAUGUACGCUCGGAUCGAUCUUGUCAUUUUUGACACACAAUGGCAACACACUCGUCACCUUAGAUACUGCCCGACGUUUGAUCGCAUUAUUGAGUAACAGUCUUUCAUUCGUUAAUGCUUUCAAUGUUCACCAUCCCACCCUGUCACAAGAACAGGUACCAGGAUCAGAACGUUCACAAUUAUCGCUUUUGGAUCGCGAACAAAUGGUACGACGUAGAGUCUUGCAGUGUUUUGUCAAAUUGUCAAGCAACCCUGCCUUAGAAGCUUUGCAGGAGAGUCUUGUCACUGCUGCCAUUCAAACUUUUGCCGAGCCAGAAAGAUACAUUGGUAGCGCUGCACAAGCUGCAAUUUCAGCAAGUUCGGGUAAUUUUACGAGCGUAUGGCAAUUGUCAGAUGGAUACGCAUAUGGUGUCACAAGUCUCAUGAACGAGAAUGAAUGUCAAGUCUUGACUGAAUCUAUCUCACAGCACAUCAAACGACCCGAUCUGCUCAACCGAGAUGCAAUUGAAUCCGAGUUGGAUUUCCUUCAACGAAGAGCAAUCAUCGGUGCUGCGGAGCAUGAUCCAAUUAUUUUGUAUACCGCUCCAUUUGAUACAAAAGAAUACGCUCUACCAGUGCCACCACCUACCGCUGCGGUGGACGCUGGAAUUGAGUUAUUUGCGUCUCUGAUCCCGUAUCAAAAGAGGGACGUUCAAAUCGCAGCAUUCGAGAAACUACUGUCCUAUAGCCGCAGUACUAGACUGGAGAAGAAUCCCGGUCGUCGAAUGGCCAUUCAGGCCAACAUUUGUACAGCAAUCCUUGGUACACUUCGAAUGGCUAUGCAUUCGAUCAAUCAACGUACUGCUGGCGGAUUCAACAAUGAUCGUCUUACCACCGCGAUCCGUAUGUUGUUGUUGGAUAACUUAAUUCAAGGAGAUCUAGCCUUGCGAACAUCGGCAAGUGAGGCAUUUGGAAGACUUGCAGCUAUCUCUGGAUCUCACGCAAUGUCAGGACAAGUGCAAAUGUUGGUGGAUCAGGUAGUGUCAAAUCGCGAUCCCGAUGCCCGUGCGGGAUGUGCGAUGGCAUUCGGAGCAAUCUACAACGAAGUUGGUGGUCUGGCUGCUGGUCCCUUGACAAAGACUGUCGUUGAUAUUUUGAUGUCUCUUGCCAAUGAUCCACAUCCAACCGUACAUUUCACAGCUUUGGACGCUCUCCGAAUGGUCGUCGAUGCCGCUAGCUUGAGCUAUAGUCCCUACGUCACAAGCACGUUGGGCAUGUUGGUCAAGCUGUACAUGCUCAGCACCCAUGAACCUGAGGGUGGAAGUGCAGGUUCGGUGAACUUACGAGCAGAUUUGCCGGCUAAUCAGGCUAUCUGUCGUGUGGUAAACUCCUUGAUUGGGGUUUUAGGACCAGAUCUACAAGAUGCUAGCAAGGUGCGAACAUUGGUACUGAUUUUGAUCAAAGAAUUGUCGUUAGAAACGGACGAAGGUGUGGUCGUUGAAGGCACAAAGGCCAUGCAACAUUUCACGCUAUUUGCACCUCAACACAUUGACUUGAUCGCAUGGAUGCAGUCAUUACAACUUCAUCUGAAGAGCAAGAACAGGCCGUUGAAGAUCGCUGCGAUCAAUGCUUUCUAUCAACUCAUACAACGUGAUGCAGUCCUCGUUAGCAAAGCAUGUGGAAAUCAAUUGGUAGAACAAUUCUUUGGCUUACUAGAUGGAGAUGCAGAUACCGAUGAAAUCAAACAAGUGUUGCGUAAUUGGUUACGUCAAACUGCAGAUAUGAGUCCGAACGGAUGGAUUGACCUUUGUCAAAGGGUUAGUCGCUCAGCUGGAUCAUCUUCAGCCAAUGCGGGCGAAACAAGCAUAAAGAAAACACAAUCUGGCGGAAUUGGCGUUUUACAGGAUGAAGAGGCCGCAACGAUUGAUUUAGGCGAUGAUGCUAAUUCACGAGGACAGGCUAAUCAGCAAAGCCGUUGGCGAACGCAAUUGUUCGCCCUACAAUGCUUGCAUGAUGUUUUCUCAACGGUGAGAAGAGCUGGUAAACUGGAACAUUUUGAUACUCCGCGUGUUCCAGGUCAGUUGAGCAAUCGUGUUGGAGAUCUUAUUCGAAUGGCUUUCACUGCAAGUACGGCACUCAAUAUGGAAAUCCGAUUGGAGGGAUUGACGAUUUUGCGAGACGUUAUUGAGAAUUUCAAAGCAGCAAAAGAUCCAGAAUUUGAAGAAGCUCUAUUGCUUGAACAACAUCAAGCACCCAUCGCAGCAGCUUUGACACCUGCAUUCUUGGGUGAUAGCACACCCGAAGUGUUGGCAAGGGCAGUGCAAGUUUGUGCUGUGUUUGUUGGUUCAGGUGUAGUACGUGAGGUGGAAAAGCUAGGCAGAAUAUUAAAAUUAUUAACAAGAGCGUUAGACAAUUGUUUGCAAAGCGAUAUGUCUUCUAUGGGAGAUGUGGAAAAUUUGUCAAUCAACGCAGCAGCCAUGCUCAAGAUUGCCGUCUUCGCUGCUUGGGGACAACUUCAAGUAGCCAGCGCAAAACAAUCAUACCUUGUUAAAGUUGUACGGCCUCAGUUGGCCCAAUUAGCACCAAUGUGGGUUCGAUGCUUGGCAGAAUAUGCAAAUUUGCGAGCUGAUCCUGAAGGUACAGGAAUGGCAAUCGCACCCGUCAUCAAUCCUGUCAUGGAUACGCCAUAUGCUGGUCUCAUUCGAGCAAUUCUCGUCCCUCAUCACCAACGUGCCUGGACAGUGAUCUUGAAUGCAGUGGCAGUCUUGAUGGGCCAGAAAGACAACAACAUUAUCUUGGCCAUGCAAGGAGAGGAAAUCUCAAGUGAUGAAAAAGCAAAUGCUGAGAAGGCAAAAAGAGAAGGAAGUGAACCAGUGAUGUACUUUUAUCCGCUUUAUGGAUUGGCAUUUGAGGCUUUGGCAACAGGGUCUGGCUCAUCACGGGAAACUCAAGGUGUACGAACGACAUUGGCUGCUUUGCGAUAUUUGUGCAAUGCAAAAUUUGCCGGAUCUGUUUUGCUUCAAGAUGACCUAUUUGACGAAUUGAUCAAUUUGUCUUAUAGAAUCAUUAUGACAGAACCUGCCACUGUACAAGUCCGUGUGAUCGAGAUGGUGUCAGCUUUCGCGAGCAGCUACGGAUCUCAAUUACAGAAUCAAGGACUGAGUAAUGGAGCCAAUGGAUCAAACUCUUUGUCAGAAGGCCUUGUACCGUCAACUAAGCUGACGACCUGCCUUCGAUUGGCAUUGUUUAGCAUUCAGAAUGCUCAAACAAGAUCUUCCUCUCAAGCCUCUUCUGCAGAAGAUCGUGCGGCUGUGAUUCGUGCAGCAUAUGGAGCAUAUUGCAGCAUGGUCGCUUUUUACACAAAAACCCAACAAGAGCACUUAUUCGUAGCAGGAUUUCAAGCCUACUCUGAACUACUGCGAAAUGAAUCGAGUGAUGUAGAUUUGGUUGGACCAACGUUGGCCUCCUUAAAAGAGGUUUGUUUGGCUUCGAUGUCGGUGUAUGGAGAUGGACUGUCAAGAUGCGUUCAUGGUUUCUUAUCGGCCAAUUUGAACACACUUGAUGAAAUGCGGUCUAGAUCCGGUAUCGUCGCUAUCAAUAAGACUAAGAAUGCAUUGUUGGCCACGGUGGUCGUCGUUACAUCUUUGCCAAAUGAUGUGGCAGUAAGUCAAGCUGUGUUGGAACAAUAUUGUUAUUUGUUGGAUCAGAAAUUGCGUCCAAAGACAAUUGAUUCAUCCUCUUUGCCGAUCGCCUCUACUGCUAUCAAUUGUCUAAAAACGAUCUUAUUGGUUGCUUCGAGGAGAAACGAGAACGCCAGCGGAUCAAAUGGAAUGGCAUUGCACUCUGCUAUUGCCUUUUGCAUCGGUCAAACGUUAACAAGUUUGGUGACUAUGCUGGUCAAUGCUUAUCAUGAUCGUGCCGACUUUAUUGGAAAGAGAUCAGAAGAGGAUGAAGUGAAUAUGAAUGCCCGCGUUCGUGUUUUAGAGGAUGCAAUGAAGACAUUGACAGGGUAUGCAGGUACAGUGCAAGAUGAAGAGCACAGGACGAGAUUGAUUGGAAUCAUUUUGCCAACCCUUUCGUUAUUCUUGCAACGUGAACAAGAAGCGGAAAGGAUGAAACAACUGGAAACUUUAGCGGCUCAUCAAAUUUUAGCUUUAGCAAGACAAUAUUCCAACGCAUUCCGUUCCGUUGUGGCUAUCUUACCUGCCGAAGAAAGAACAAGGGUUGAGCAAGGCGUACGAACAGCAGUCGGAAUGACAAACGAUCAAGCCAAUCAAAGACAAACGGGAGCGGAUCUGUUAGCAAGAAAUGAAGCUAAAAAGAUUGAAUUACGCAGCUUUGGCUGAAUGGUGAUGUGGUUGUAAUAUUAUGAUCAAUUGAUGAUGAAAAUAGAAAUCCAUUUUCUUAUGUGAACGCGCAGCGCGCUUUAAAGGCAUGAAAGCAGUGUCUGUCCUUUACCUUAAACAAAAGAC